AUGGGUCGUUUCAGCGCAUCCACCGUCGCCAAAAAGAUUAAGCGGACCUUUUCGUCACCAUCGUUGAACAGGCUUGCAGCACGCCAAAAGGAGACCCCGGGGGCCUUUCCGCCUACAGAGCUAGACUACAGUCCCGAUAGACCGGAAACGAGACGUUGCUGGACCGCACACCCCCAGCAUCAUGGAAAGUUCCGUGAGGAUCUACCUGACGCCUACGACGCAGACGACGAACACGCAAACUCCAUGGGAAAUGCCCUUCGCGAAGAGUUUGAAGCACGCAGAGCGAACACCGCACCCGUUAAGCCCCCUUCUCCCACCAAGAAGAAGGAGAAGAAGAAGCCCUGGUUCGCCAUAACCGACGAGGAGCUCCGCCAGGAGUACGAGCGGUGCCGGGCGAAGGCACCAAACGUCGGGCCGAACUUCCUCUGGUGUGACCGGCGGGACAGCCUGGACCAAAACGCGAUCCUCGCGUCCAUGGGCCUUAAGCGCGCCCAGACUUUCAACGUGUACCCCACGUGCUGUCCCAAGACCGGCAAGACAGUCGGCCACAUCAAGAAGAACGAGAACAUCGCCGUGCCCAUCCACGCCGACGAGAGCGAAGCCCUAGCCCAAGGCAACGUAGUCGAUCUGUCCACACCCCCCAUGGCCGCCCUCCUUUCCAACGCCCUCCCCCCAGAGGACCCCAUGCCCAAACUCACACUCCCUAGCCCCCCUGACUGGUUCCUAAAGCCGCGCCCUGCCCCAUCUCCCCUCAGGAAGUACUGUAACGCCCUGCGCGAGGAAGUCAAGGAAGUAAGACCUAGCUCAAGCGACGACGCCUCGGUCUGCGAUAAAUCCGACUAUAGCGAUAUCUUCCGGCCUCUAGAAGAAAGCAUGCUUAUUUAG